AUGGUAAUUUUGCCUGCUGUUUUGAUAGUUACGUGUUUUUUCCUUGACAGCGUUAACAACAUACGGACACUAGCUGAUUUUCAGUACUGCCCUCAUCUGCAAGAGUUGUACAUACGUAAAAACUCCAUAUCUGACAUCAAUGAAGUUUUAUACCUCCGUAAUUUACCAAAGCUUAAGAGUCUAUGGCUUGCAGACAAUCCAUGUGCAAAUUUUGAACAGUACCGUCAAACAGUACUUCGAGCACUCCCCCAUUUACAAAAGCUUGAUAAUAUUUCUGUGGAUUCCGAAGAGGUACAGCAGGCUAUGGUUUGUGGAGUGCCACUUCCCAUGACAGAUUCACCUAUGGGACAAAGGGAAGAAUGUGAAAUGCCAAGGUCAAGCAGUAUUGGAGAGUCAUUACGCAGUGAAGGAGGUGGCAGCAGUAUGUCAGAUUGUUCCCCUCCUGCCUCUGAGAGAAGAUACUCGCAAGCAACCACUCCCAAUCGUUCAACUCAUCAGGAAACUUAUGGACGUUCAUUAGAUGAUGGCUAUGAAUAUGAAGAGGAGGAAGAGCAACCAGUGAUUAGACGAACCAGUUACAGUCAGUCAGCUGAUCCAGAGCGUCGAAUUUCACAGAUGUCACAAUACUCAAAUGAAGGUUCUUAUCCACAGGUAUCGAGUGGUUAUGGCAGCAAUAGUAGCAGUAGCAACGGUUAUUAUCGUGACUCUGACGCUUCAGAACGACUCCAUAGAACAUCUUAUUCAUCAGCACAGAGUCCCACAAGACGGAGCAGUCAGAUUGUGGCAGAAGCAGGAACAUCAGCCGACAGUCGCGGGUACAUACGAAAUCACGCCUCUGAGUAUGACACUAGAAAUGCAAACUACCUGAGCAGGGAAGACAGUUCAGCCAGGUAUAACACGAGCACUAAUACCACACCCACCAGUAACUUGAUUCUCACGCCCGAUUCUAAUAAUGAUAACAAUACUAACAACAAUGUGGUUUGUCCCCUACAUCGAAGAACAUCGCAGGAGCAGCAAUAUCGAGACCAACAACGAUGGUGUGAAACUGAUGAAAGAGAACGGGGUUAUAGCAGAGGAGAUGGGUAUGGUUAUGCAUCCCCACCAGAAGUGAGGCAGUCGCCUGUUGGGUAUGAACAGCGAACAGCUGCUUCAGAGCCAAGAUAUGAGCCCCAAACUCAAGCACGGACUAGUGAGAAUAACUCUGCAGUGCAACAGCAUUAUGAAAGUGCUCAUAGAAGAGCAGAGCAACAGAUGCAAAAUGCAACCAGUUCUGCAGGGGAAAGAACAUCCCCUACAAAGCCAUACCCUGCACGUCCAAAGACAAGG